AUGGCUCAACAACAGCAGCCUGGCUAUCCGAUGAAUCCGAUGAAUCCCGUUCCAGGUGGUUAUGGUGCAAGCGCGCCUCCGAUUGGCUUCGCUCCGCCUCAAGGAAUGCCCGGAUAUCCGCCUGGUCAGCCACCAGUGGUCACUGCUUAUCCACCACCAGGACAGCCUCCAGUUCAGUUUAUGCAGGCACCAGCUGGCUACGCUGGUGACCCAAAUGUUCCACCAGGCCUCGAAUAUUUGACAAUGAUCGAUCAACUGUUGGUGAAGCAGAAAGUCGAGCUUCUUGAGGCGUUCACUGGCUUCGAAACUAACAACAAGUAUUCCAUAAAAAACAGUAUGGGUCAACAUGUGUACUAUGCUGUUGAAGAGAACGACUUUUGCACUCGAAACUGCCUUGGUGCAAGUCGUCCUUUUGAGAUGAUCAUCAUGGACAAUUCGCGAAAUGAAAUCAUGCGCAUUCAUCGACCAUUCCGAUUUGACAGCUGCUGCUGCCCAUGCUUUCUACAGGAAAUUGAAGUGUACAGUGUCAAUGGCCAACUGCUCGGCAGUGUUUCCCAAGACUGGUCAAUCUUCUGUCCCAAGUUUACGAUCAAAGAUGCCUCCGGUGAGAGCGUGUUAAAGGUGGAAGGUCCCUUCUGCACUUACUCCAUCUGCGGUGAUGUCGAGUUCCAAGUUCUAUCUCUUGAUAAGGAAACCAAAGUCGGCAAAAUUACCAAACAGUGGACUGGUUUGGCACGGGAAAUGUUCACCGAUGCCGAUUACUUUGGCGUCACAUUCCCGCUUGAUUUAAGUGUGCACAUAAAAGCUGUUUUGCUUGCAGCCACUUUUCUUAUUGAUUUUAUGUUCUUUGAAAAGUCCGGCAACAAAGAAAAUGAUCGUAUCGGAAUGCUCUGA